AUGGCCUCGCAUGGCAAAGUAUUCGACCUGUUCGAUGACCGCUACCUGGAGUUGCAGGAUGUCAUGGGAAAUGUUGAACCGCUACCCAUGCUCGUACCGUACGAACAAUACAGGCAACAUCUUAUUAUCUACCGCAUGGACACGAGUCACGAGAUCUUCCUAGCGCUUCUCCAGGACUUUACAGACCGCAAGGCAUUCGAAACGGGCAAAGAGCUAUGGACUUGGUGCGUGCAGUGGGAGGUGGAUGAAACAGCAACUCGCCAGUCUCUUGUGGUUCCGCACUCGCCCAAGAAGCCGCGUCUCGACACAGUGCGACCAAAUCUCCCCCCUGCGCAGCGACUGCGACGUAACGGAGCUCCAAUCACGGCCCAAGCCCGAGUCAUAGACCCAGAGUUAAUCCGCGAGGAAGAUAUGUUGCGAAUUCUGGUCGACAUAGUGCAGGUGGACAGUGCAGUGGUGCCAAACUUUAUCGAGUUUCUGUACAGGUGGAUCGACUUCUACGAGGGAGACGGAAAGGCACUCAAAGCGGCAUUGCGCGGCGAGAUUCCAAGUCUGUGGGACUUUGAGUAUCAUCCACUCGUGGUUUCAGAAGAUGUUAAAAAGAGGGUGAACGAGGCAAAUGACGACGGUGACGAUGUAACGAAGAGCGAAACGGGUAGUAGGACACCAGAGCAUAGCAACGCACAGGAACUUGCGCAAAACUCGCCUACCAAGAAGAUGCGACAGAAACCAGAUCUGGCCGAAUUGGAGCGCAAGGCAGAAGAAAGUGAGCGUCUACAGUACCGCGAAGUGCACUUUGGUAUACAGCCGCCGAAGCUCAACGAACCUCUCCCACCUCUGAUCAACAUUCCUCGAGAUCCCAAAAAGCGUGCAAAGUACCAUGCUGCUUGCUUCAAAUCACGUCAACGCGCCUUCUAUAUGCUCAUGGAAGUUGGAAUUACCCCGCAACACAUGAGAGACUACAACCGAUGCCAAAAGCAGAGCGUAAGAGACACUCCUCCUGUUGAUGGAGACGGUCUCAAGAAUUACGAGCAAGACGCCCAUAUAGCGCAGCAGGUUUUUCUAGAAAAGGAAAAGCAGAUUAAGAAGCAAAUGGAGAUUGCCAUUAGCCACCAGCUAGCCGUCGAGGCUCAGACUGCUGACCACAGUGCUGCACCUGAAGAGUCGUCUGGAGCCCCAUUGAUUCCACCUACGCCUUCAUAUACACCUCUUCCGGAUAUAGCUGAGCAUAUGCAGCGCAAGAUUCAGCAACAUAGACUUGAGGGCAAGGACAAGAUCAACAUUGUUCCUACACCCCUGGUCGGCAAGAUGAAAAGUAAGCUUUUUCAAGGCGCCCGGGAUAGAGAGACUGUUUUGGAGUCAUUGAAGGACAGCCCCGUGACACCAACACCGCGCCAUACCAUUAUCAGCGAUGAGGAAGGACCGGGUACUGAUGAUUCGGAGAAUGAAAAUAGCGCGAGUGACCGAAUGCGAAUUAUGACUCCUGCACAACAUCAGGUGGCUUCAUUGUCUGUUCCAUUUCCAUACUCCGCUCCAUCCAUCACUGUUCCUCCACCACAAGCUCCUAAUGGGGGAUCUCAGAAUCAAUUGCCUGGAAACUUUGGAGGGCAUGCUCCUUUCAUUGCACAACCAUCGGCUGGACCCUCGCAUCCGUCUCCUUACUCAUAUCCCGUCUUGAGCCAUGGAACCCAAACCGGGGGCUUGAAUAUCGCAGGCAACUUCCACGGUAUCCCAUCCAUCACGUCUGGACAUGGGACUAGCCAGGUUGUACCUACUCAAUCCCUUUACCCUUUUGCCCAACAACCUCACAACCAUAUGCAAAAUGUAAACCGUCAGACUCAGGGUAUAUCUCAUCCUGUUCUAGGUUUAUCAAAUCCAGCCCCGCUAUCUGGAGUCACACAAGGGCUUAUAGCGAUCCAGCAAGCGCAGGGCAACCAUGCACCUGUUCAAGGACAGCAACAGCCGCCAUUUUCCCUAUCGCGUGCGGGAGCGCCUGGAUCCAACGGUGCCAACCAAAACUUCAUGCCAAGUGGGCAGCAGCAGCCUCCACACCUAUAUCCACCGUCUGCAGCCUCUUUAACGACCUUUCGACCUGGUAUGCAGCGCAUUGCCCCGAGUCCACUAACCUUCAUUCCGCCACCCUCCCCCUUCUCCUCUCUUGCGCCCUCACUGCUAGCCACAUCCCCCUUUGGCAUCAGCCACGCAAGCAUCCCCGUACAGAUCUACUUCCCCGGGGUGGUCGUUCCCCCAAACACCAUCGGUCCCGGCGGCGCAAAACUAGGCAACAAGGGCAACGCUGAAACCGAUGCUUUCCUCCUAGGCCACACACAACCUGGUAGCGGCAAAAUCACCCUUAGCAAAGCCAUAUUCCUGCCUGUAGGCGUGUGGCCGAAUGCCACUGAGAGAGUGAGAAAAGGGAAAUACACGGUGCUGGAAUCUUAUCCCGCGCCGGGACCUAGGAUGCCGAAUUACACGACGGGAACGCCGCAUCAGGCUGCGUACAAGAAGAUGGAGCAGGCGUAUGGCUUUAUGGUUUGUAGCAACCCCGCGGCCAGAGAGAGGGAACUUACAAAGCGGUGGCGAGUCAGUAGGGGUCGCAUGACGGCGAGUGAGCGGGGGGCUGUGUGGGAGGGUUGGGCGGUAGAGCUGGAUAGGGAGAUUAGCCUGAGUCGGGAGGAGAGGCGCGGCGCGGUGCUGCAUGAUAUGCUUAUUGACGGGAAGGCUGCUGUGGACAGUGACCGGGAGAGGAGACGCAGGGAGAUUGAGGAGAUGUUGGAGCAGGAAGAGGCCAUGGAAGACGAGUCUUCGGACAUGGAUAUAUACGAAUAA